AUGACUAAGUAUCUAGCAAAGACAAGAAAGCCGAAGCCGAAUGUCGAAUUCGACUUCUACAUCCUAGAGGAGGCUAAGAACACACUAAUCGACGGAUAUAUCUACGUUACGGCCGAUGUUAUUAACGAACUUGCUCUAAAAAUGCUUUUAGGCACUGACUUUAUAACGGCUUAUAGUGUCAAGAUUGACUUCGUCAAGGGCAUCUAUACCUUUAGAUCGCUAGCGAAUAUAAAGGUCUACGGGGAUGUCGUAAAGAAGAACCCUAAGCCUAUCUCUCAAAAGAUAGUCGAGACUUACUUUAUCCUACUGCCUAACACUACCCCGGAAGAUAAGUGCUUCUACUUUACCGCUAGCCGAGACGGAGUCUAG